AUGGAAGAAUAACUCAUAAAUGUAAUAUUCGAUCCCAAUUUCUAAUCUUUUGAUUAAGAAUUGGCCAACCUAAGUAUGGAUAAAAUGAUGAGUAUCUAAUUCUCAGAAGAAUUGUUACAAAAAAAUUUUGCAGUUUUGAUAUCUAUAUUAAAACAAUUGCAUAAGGGAAUGGUGUUGUUGAAUUCUAGAGUACAAGAUAAUUCGGACUGGGUAUAGGUAUAAAAUUGAAUAAAUUACAAGAAACUGAAAGAAGUAAGUGAAACUCCUGAAACCAAGUAAUAGAACAAAGACACAAUUGAUCAAAUCACUUCAAAAUUAUAGGAAUUGCAGGAAGCCUCUCAGAAGGACUAGGCAGCUAAGGAAGAAAUUUAGAAAGAUUAUGCAACUAAGGAAGAAUUAGAUUAGACAACCCAGAAAUUUAGUAAUUCUUUGAUUUACAUUCCAUUUAGAUAGAAUCGUAAAAUAAUAGGAACAAUCCUUGUAGGAUUUAGAAAGUGAAUAAACUGCACAAGCCAAGAAAAUAGAUGAUCUAAAUAAUACUCAAACUCAAUAAUCCCAGUUGAUAAACCAAUUGAAUCAAGAAAUUGAAAAUAUCAAGAGAUAGAUGAAUGGUUUCUAAGAUGAGUUGCAUGAAGUGGAGGAACGCAAACCAGAAUAGAUUAUAGUAGAAAAAGAAAUUAUCAAGGAAGCUCUGGUUUAACCUAUGGCUCUCCCUAUUCAAUAUAAUGGUAAUGAUGAAUAAAUAAACAAAUUAAACCAAAUAACUCAAGAGUUAAGUAAAUAUUUAUAUCAAGUUAGAAUAAAAAUAAGAAUAAUUAUCAUAAGAACUAGUAGAUUUAAAGGAAGCAUUUAGCAAAAUUAAAAUUCCUGAAGAAAAUCCUCCAGUUGACUUAUCGGAUAUCAAUAAGAAAUUGGAUGGUCAUGAAGAGGAGAUCUAAUCUUUAUUCGAAAUAGUAGAUAGUGUGAGACAGAAAUUAAAGGAUUAAAACAAUAACUAAUAAUCUGAUGUUUCGAGUGAGGAGUUAAAUUAGAUCAAAAAUGAUAUUAAGAAAUUGCAAUCACAAAUUGAAGCUUUGUAGACUUAAUUAAACUUAGCAACAUUUGGCUAAGGUUAAGAUAUGCAGGAGAAUUAGGUUGCUUUAAUCUUAGCGGAAAUAAAUAAAUUAAGAGAUCAAUUAUAAAAUUAUUGUACAACAACAGACUUUUAGAAUGAAAAUACAAAAAAGGAAAUGAAAAUGAAGAGUGUGUAAGAUCAUGCAGAUGAAGAAUUAGAAAAAGCAAGAAGGGAAUUCAAAAGUAAAAUAGACAAGAAAGCAGAACAGACUGACAUUGCAAAACUGGAAAAGGACAUAAGUUAGUUGAGAGAGUAAUUAGGAAAAUCUUAAUAGAGACAAUCGUCAAUUCAAAUUGAGACACCUUUGAAGCACUCGAAUAAUGAGAAAGAAUUAUUACAUUAGAUUAAAGAAUUGUAACAAUCGAUAAAAGAAAUUGAAAAGUAAAUAGUAUUUAAUCUCUUAUUAGUGAUUUAUUAAUUCAUAAAACAUAAAUGAAUUAGAAUAAUCAAUAAACUCAUGUGAAGUUGGCUGAGUUGGAAAAGAAGAUCCAAGGCAUCCAGACUGAUAAAAUUUACAUUGAACUCCAGAAUUAAAGAGAAUAGAUGGAUUUAAUUAAACGCGAUUAAGAUUAGAAUAAAAUAAAGAUAAACAAUUUCGGAAAGAAAAUUGAAUCAAUUGUAACAAAGGAUGAACUAUUCUAAACUUUUGAUCCGAAAAUCAAAUAAGUAAGAGAUGAUAUCCAAAGAAUUGGAGAUGAAACCAAAUUGAGCAUUGACAGAAAAGCUGAUGCUUAGGAAGUCAAAGAUUUGAAUCAAGCAUUUUUGGAUUAAUUACAAAAGGUUGUCACUGAACUUAUCAAAACAUUGGCCAACAAAUAAGAAACUAAAAAGGCACUUAUAUAUCUGGAAUAGAAAGUAUCUUAGAAUAACUAAUUAGAUUAAUUAAAUAUUUAUGAUACUAGAGGGAGAUGGAUCCAAAGAUUAGGAUUCAUUGUUUGUUAAGAAACCUCUCUCUUGGAGUUGUGCCUCUUGUGACAAGGAUUUAGACAAAUACAAAGGAUAAUUGGGAGAUUUCAAAAAUUGGGCAGUCUUCCCUCCUAAAGAAACCUCCCCUGAGAGGAUGGGCAAGGUAGAUUGUGAUUCUAUCCUUAGUUCGGAAUUGGGUAUAAAAAUAUGCAAGAGAAAUUGAAAUCUAACAGAGAAAAAUUAGAUAAGGAUAGGAGUUAGAAUGAAAAAGAAUCCAGUUAACAUUAAUAAAGCAUGACAUUAAGUCAAAGUCAAACACAAUUACCAAAAAUUAAAUAAUGA